AUGCAUUCAACAGGCUCCUACUCUAGUCCUUACAUGGUCACCGUUGGUGAUUUUAACAAUGACCACCGAUUGGAUAUUGCAGUAGCGAAUUUCGGCACUAACAAUAUUGGGAUCUUUCAUGGAUAUGGGAACGGUUCUUUCGAAAGUCAAAUACAACUUUCAACAGGCUCAUCUCGUCCUAUAACAAUUAUUGUUGUUGAUUUCAAUAAUGAUUCCAUACUUGAUAUCGCCACUGCCGAUCACGGAACUCACAGUGUUAGUAUCUUCUAUGGAUAUGGUCAUGAAAACUUUUCCCCUCCAGUGACGUAUUCAACAGGUUAUGAUUCUUUUCCAUCCUCAUUAUUUGCUGGAGAUUUCAAUAACGACAACUAUGUAGACCUUGUCGUUGCCAAUUAUGGCACCAAUAAUAUUGGCAUACUUUUUGGAAAAAGCAACAGAACUUUUGAAAAACAAAUCACGUUUUCAACUGGACUUGGUUCUCAUCCAUACUCCGUCGCUGUUGGCCACUUCAAUGAUGAUGGAUUUAUCGAUAUAGCUAUCGCCAAUUCUGGAACUUAUGAAAUAGGUGUACUCUUAAACAAAGGUAACGGAACUUUUGCUAAUCAAACCACCUAUUCCAUCGAGUCUGCUUUUCCAUAUGCGAUUGACGUCGUAGACUUCAAUCAAGAUAAUCGAUUGGACAUCGUCGUCACUAAUAACGGCCUUGAAAAUAUAGGUGUACUUCUUGGAUAUGGAAACGGUCAUUUUGAAAAUCCAAUGAUGUAUUCAACUCUAUCCUAUUCUUCGAUUUCUGUUGCCAUUGGUGAUCUCGAUAAGGACGAUCGAUUAGACAUUGUCGUUGUCAACAAUGAUACUGGUAGCAUAGAUAUUCUCCUUCGUUAUUUUGAGGGUUUUGAAAAUCAAAUGAAGUAUUCAGCCGGUUCUUCUCCACAAGAUGUAGCUGUUGGUGAUUUCAACAAUGACACUCGACUAGAUAUCGUUAUCGCCAAUCAGGAUAGCAAUGAUGUGAGUGUUCUGCUUGGAAAUGGAGAUGGUUCUUUUGAAAAUCAAACAAGGUAUUCAGCUGGCUCUCAUCCAACCUCUGUAGCUGUUGGUGAUUUCAACAAUGACACUCGACUAGAUAUCGUAGUCGUCAAUUGGAAUAGCAAUGAUGUGAGUGUUCUUCUUGGAAAUGAAGAUGGUUCUUUUGAAAAUCAAACAAGGUAUUGGGCUGGCUCUUAUCCAGUAUAUGUAGUUGUUGGUGAUUUCAACAAUGACACUCGACUAGAUACCGUUGUCGCCAAUUCUCGUAGCAAUGAUGUGAGUGUUCUUCUUGGAAAUGGAGAUGGUUCUUUUGAAAAUCAAACAAGGUAUUCAGCUGGCUCUUAUCCAGUAUCUGUAGUUGUUGGUGAUGUCAACAACGACUCUCGACUAGAUAUCGUUGUCGCCAAUUCGUUUAGCAGUGAUGUGAGUGUUCUUCUGGGAAAUGGAGAUGGUUCUUUUGAAAAUCAAGCAAAAUAUUCCACUGGCUUUUCGCCAUCAUCUGUAGUUGUUGGUGAUUUCAAUAACGACACUCGACUAGAUAUCGUUGUCGCCGAUAAGGUUAACACAGAUGUAAGUGUCCUUCUUGGAAAUGGAAAUGGUUCUUUUGAAAAUCAAAUAAGAUAUUCAGUUGGGGCUGCUCCAUAUUCUGUAGUUGUUGGUGAUUUCAACAACGACACUCUACUAGAUAUCAUUGUCGCCAAUUUGUAUAGCAAUGAUGUGAGUAUUCUUCUUGGAAAUGGAGAUGGUUCUUUUGAAAAUCAAAUAAGGUAUUCAGUUGGGUAUAGUCCAUGUUCUGUAGUUGUUGGUGAUUUCAACAACGACACUCGACUAGAUAUCGUUGUCGCCAAUAGCGAUAGCAAUGAUGUGAGUGUUCUGCUGCAAUAUAACAGAGGAGCACUAGCAUAUAAAAUCUCGUAUGCAUCUGGCGGUGGAUCUAGCCUACAAUGCGUAGUGAUUGGUGAUUUGAACAAUGAUACUAAUCUGGAUAUCGUCGUAGCUAAUUAUGGCACUAAUAAUAUCGGUGCCCUUUUUGGAUAUGGAAAUGGCAGUUUUGAAAACCAAUUGAUGCUCACCACUGGCACAAAUUCUCAUCCGAUUUCCGUCGCGGUUGGGGACUUCAAUGGUGACCUCGUAGUGGAUAUCGCUUUAGUCAAUAACGGUACCAAGCAUGUAGAUAUCAUGCUUGGAAAUGGGCAGGGAAAAUUCGCAAUGCAAAGAAGUUAUGAAAUUGCUUUUGAUUCAACUCCAUUAGUUAUGGCUUCUGGUGACUUUAAUAAUGACAAACGAUCUGAGAUUAGACUGUAUAUAUAUGAUGUC